GAAGGCCAGGAGAGGAAGAGCCUGAUGACGUAGGCAGGAGACCAGGCAAGCCCGGAAGGCCAGGAGAGGAAGAGCCUGAUGACGUAGGCAGGAGACCAGGCAGGCCCGGAAGGCCAGGAGAGGAAGAGCCUGAUGACGUAGGCAGGAGACCAGGCAGGCCAGGCGAAGAAGAACCUGAAGGUAUUAAGAGAAGGCCAGGCUGGCCAGGUGAAAAGGAACCUGAAGACAUUAAGAGAAGGCCAGGCAGGCCAGGUGAAAAGGAACCUGAAGACAUUAGGAGAAGGCCAGGCAGGCCAGGUGAAAAGGAACCUGAGGACAUUAAGAGAAGACCGGGCAGGCCAGGUGAAAAGGAACCUGAAGACACUAAGAGAAGGCCAGGCAGGCCAGGUGAAAAGGAACCUGAGGACACUAAGAGAAGGCCAGGCAGGCCAGGUGAAAAGGAACCUGAAGACAUUAAGAGAAGGCCAGGCAGGCCAGGUGAAAAGGAACCUGAGGACACUAAGAGAAGGCCAGGCAGGCCAGGUGAAAAGGAACCUGAGGACACUAAGAGAAGGCCAGGCAGGCCAGGUGAAAAGGAACCUGAGGACACUAAGAGAAGGCCAGGCAGGCCAGGUGAGGAAGAACCUGAAGACAUCCAGAGAACACCAAGCAGGCUAGGUGAGAAGCCAGGAGAUGAAGAACCUGAGUAUGUGAGGAGGACAGGUUUGCCAGAUGAAGAAGAACCUGGAGAUAUUGUGAAAAGACCAGGCAGGCCAAGUAGACCAGAUGAGGAAGAACCAGAAGAUUUUAAAAGAAAACCAGGCAGGCCAGGUGAAGAACCAGAGGGUAUUAGGAAGAAACCAGGAAAACCAGGUAUACCAGAUGAGGAAGAGCCUGAGGAUAUUAAAAUGAGACCAGGCAGGCCAGAUGAUGUUACAAGGAGGCCAAGCAGACCAGGUGAAAAAGAACCUGAGGAUGAGGAUGAACCUGAUGAUGAAGAAAGGAGACCAAAGAGACCAGGUUCAAAAGACACUAUUACGAAAAGAUCAGGUAAACCUGUUAGCCCAGGUGAGGAAGACCCUGAAGAUGUUAAGAGGAGACCAGCCAAACCAGGAGAGCCUGGUAAGAUGGAUGUAACAGAACCUGAAGAUGCUAAUAAGAAACCAAGCAGAAAACCUAGCCGGCCUGGUGAAAGGGAACCAGUAACUCCUACUAGAAAACCUAGUCGUCCAGGUGAUAAGGAACCAGUGACAACUGGUAGAAAACCUAGUCAACCAGGUGAGAAGGAACCAGUGACACCUGGUAAAAAACCUAGCCGUCCUGGUGAGAAGGAACCAGUGACACCUGGCAGAAAACCAAGCCGUCCAGGUGAGAAGGAGCCAUCCCCAUUAGUAAGAAAAUCAGUAGAUAGGGAACCAGGAGUGACAAGAAAACCAAGUAAGACAGGAGAGCCUUUGAAGGACAGAAGAACACCUAGCAGAUCAAGUCUUGACAGAGAUGAUGACGUUACCCGGCGAAGGAUAUCAUCAACUCGUAGAUCCCCAUUCACAGGAAGGGAGGGCACCCCAGAAUCUGAUGACCUGCGACGAAGGGUUUCCCAUCCAAGGAAGAAUUCUCUUGAUUAUACUCACGGUCGGAGACCAAGCCCUGACAUUGAAGGCAGGACUUACAGCACUCAGAGCCUUUCUGGAGUGUCUACUACAAGCUCUGUCCCAAGUUACAUGAGGCCCCGAGGCGAAUCUUGCAAUUGCCGUCGCCAUACACCUGAAAGAGACAUUCAUGAAAUUGAAGACUCCAUCCUCAACUCUUACAAGUAUACACGAUGCACCAAGAAGAUCACCAAGCCACCUGUCACUUACAACUACACUUACACAAUUUCACCAGAUCCCUCAGCUGGAGGAGGUGGCGGUGGUUCUUAUUCAGUAUACUUUGGACCAAAAGACAAACCUACCCCUACUCAUGCAGCUGGGUUGCCCACUCGAGUUUCUCCAGCAAGAGAAACUCCGCAAGAUGAUCCUUCUCGCCAGCCUGAGGAUAAAGAUCGUCCAAGGGAUCAAGCCCACGAUCCAUCAGAUAAACAUCGGCCUGAUGACAAGGGUCGUCCUGACCGCCCCGAUGACAAAGAUCGUCCGGGAGUAACUUAUUAUUAUGUAGAUAAAUUUGGACAUCGUGUGCCAGUUCCUGAAGGAGAACAUCCAGAUGACAAGAGUCGUCCUGGUCGCCCUGAUGACAAAGAUCGUCCAGAUCAGCCUAAUGACCAGGGUCGUCCUGGCCACCCAUCAGACCGCCCUGAUGACAAGGAUCGUCCAGCUCGACCUUCAGAUCGUCCUGAUGAUCAGGGCCACCCUUCAGAUCGCCCAGAUGACCAGGAUCGUCCAGGAGUUACCUAUUAUUAUGUGGACAAGUUUGGACAUCGUGUACCCGUCCCAGAAGGAGAACAUCCAGGUGAUAGGCGUGGUCCUGAGCGUCCUGAUGACCAGGGUCGUCCUGGCCACCCUUCAGAUAGGCCAGAUGAUCAAGGUCGUCCAGGCCAUCCCACAGAUCGUCCUGAAGACAAGGAUCGUCCAGGCCGUCCUUCAGAUGACCAGGGUCAACCUGGGCAGCCUUCAGAUCGUCCAGGAGUGACUUACUAUUAUGUGGACAAGUUUGGGCAUCGUGUUCCAGUCCCAGAAGGAGAACGUCCAGGUGAUAGGCGUGGUCCUGAGCGUCCUGAUGACCAGGGUCGUCCUGACCACCCUUCAGAUAGGCCAGAUGGUCAAGGUCGUCCAGGCCAUCCCACAGAUCGUCCUGAAGACAAGGAUCGUCCAGGCCGUCCUUCAGAUGACCAGGGUCAACCUGGGCAGCCUUCAGAUCGUCCAGGAGUUACUUACUAUUAUGUGGACAAGUUUGGGCAUCGUGUUCCGGUCCCAGAAGGAGAACGUCCUGGUGACAGGCGUAGUCCUGAUCGCCCUGAUGACAAGGGUCCUGAACAUCCUGAUGAUAAGGAUUAUCCAGGCCGCCCAUCCGACCGCCCUGAUGACAAGGAUCGUCCUGGAGUUACCUAUUAUUAUGUAGACAAGUUUGGGCACCGUGUGCCAGUCCCAGAAGGAGAACGUCCAGGUGACAGGCGUAGUCCUGAUCGCCCUGGUGAUCAAGGACGUCCAAAACAUCCUGAUGACAAGGAUCGUCCUGACCGCCCUGACGACAAGGAUCGUCCUGACCGCCCUGACGACAAGGAUCGUCCUGACCGCCCUGAUGACAAGGAUCGUCCAGGAGUUACCUAUUAUUAUGUGGACAAGUUUGGACAUCGUGUGCCGGUCCCAGAAGGAGAACGUCCAGGUGACAGGCGUAGUCCUGAUCGUCCCAAUGACCAGGGUCGUCCUGGCCACCCUUCAGAUAGGCCAGAUAAUCAAGGUCGUCCAGGCCAACCCACAGAUCGUCCUGAAGACAAGGAUCGUCCCGGCCGCCCUUCAGAUCGCCCUGAUGAUCAGGGUCAACCUGGGCAGCCUUCAGAUCGUCCAGGAGUGACCUAUUAUUAUGUAGACAAGUUUGGGCAUCGUGUUCCGGUCCCAGAAGGAGAACGUCCUGGUGACAGGCGUAGCCCUGAUCGCCCUGAUGACAGGGAUCGGCCAGGCCGCCCUUCAGAUCGUCCUGAUGAUCAGGGACAACCUGGCCAGCCUUCAGAUCGUCCGGGAGUGACUUAUUAUUAUGUGGACAAGUUUGGACAUCGUGUGCCGGUCCCAGAAGGAGGACGUCCAGGUGACAAAGGUCAUCCUGAUCAGCCUAAUGACCCGGGUCGUCCUGGCCACCCAUCAGAUCGCCCUGAUGACAAGGGUCGUCCAGGUCAUCCCUCAGAUCACACAGACAAACAAAAUCUCCCAUCAGGCAGAAGUGACGGUGUUACCUAUUAUUAUGUAGAUAAAUUUGGACAUCGAGUGCCAGUUCCAGAGGGAAGUCAUCCUGGCACUGGAAAGGAAGUAACAAAGCAUGAUGAUGUGGUGAAAGUAGACAAAACUCACCACACUAGCCACCAUCAGGCCACCAGUCAGAGGUUUACCUCACACACUUCACACACAGCCCAACAGACAUCUCAAGAUAUUACUCAAGCCACACAUGAAUCACACAGCAAUCAACCCCAGACAACUCCAGAGGGAGAUGUCAGGGGGAGAGAAACACAACAGACACCAGACAGAGACACACGACCUACUCCAGAUAGGGACACAAGACCUCCAGCAGAUGGGACAGCUGAUGUGACAUAUUACUACGUCGACCAAUAUGGACAUCGUAUAGCUGCUUCGGAGUAUGACAGGCGUGACAAAUCCACAGCAUCAACAGUCAUUCGUGGGAAGAUGCAACCCGCUACGAGCAUCACUCGUGGAGAUUACCUUGGUUAUGAGCAUGAUGACAAGGGUAGAAUUCUGACUUCUCCUGAGAGACAGUUGAUCACAGAUCAUGGUAAUCGACUUUUAAUGACUGACCAUAGUGGUCACUUGGUCUCGGGCCACACAUUUACUACCAUUGACGGACGUCCAACGCACGACCUUCCCGCCGGGUACAUCAGACACGAGCAUGAUGGCGACGGGUCGUGGCGGGUCGUCGGCGGCCGUGAUGCCCACAUGACGUCCACCAGCUGGGAACAGGACCAGCUGUCUGCGAGUGAGCGCCGCUCGCGUGUGGUGACGUCAUCCUCGAGUGCGACCGUCGAGCACACAGGCAGCUCCACCUUCAGCGUCAGCCGCGAGGGAGACGACGCCGGAGAGAUGAGGGAGGGACGCAGCUUCCUCGAGGACCGGUCAAAGGUCACGGGAUUCUCCGAUGUGCUGUCUCGCAUGGGCGCCACCGAGGCCGUUGACUCCGAGGCGAAGGUGACCUCAGACGACCAGGCGCGCUCGCUCCUCAACCGGUUCCUCGGCGCGCAGGUCCUCAUGUCAGGCGUGGAGUCCAUGAUGGCCUCCUCCUCCAUCUCCGAGUCAUCCAAGAUGACGACGGACAGCAGCGGCGCCACGACCGUCACGAAGGAGGCCAGUGGUCACAGCGCGAGCACGGCAGCCAAGGACGGUGUCGUGACGGACCACAAGAGCUCCUCCUUCAACACAGGACCUCAGACCACCACAGUCUCCGGUUCAGCCUUGGCCUCGCGCAAGGCCCAAGGAGAGGCAGUGGUUGUGGCUGGGGUCAACAUAACAGAGGUCACAGACGAUUUCAAACUUAACCAACUGCUUGACUCCUGCGAUGAAUAUGAGGACCGCAGGAAGAUCAGAAUGCGCCUCAAGGCUCUCGUGGCCGAAAAGAAAGGUCUCCGUGAGGAGCUGAGCGGCCAUGACCAGAGUCGAGGGUCACGUAGUCAGACCUCGACGGCGCAUUCUAGAUUCGAGGCAAUGUCCAAAUCCGCCACUAGUAACACAAAAGACUCUGAUUUGCGUAGCAGUGAGGGUGAGUUGGAACCCAUAGUUUUCGAUCAGUUGAAAGCGUCCCUUGAGGAAUAUAGACAACGCUUUGGUGACGGGGCUUCCUCCUCUGGUGGGACACACGCGGGGGCUAAUAUUUCAGCGCGUGGGUCCUCCUCAUCUUACUCUUUCCCUUCCAGUAACCCUAAGUCGAGUGAGGAGCACAUGUUCGAUUCGGGCACGGAGUCAGGGGACGAUUCGAGUAAAAACCAGGACGAGCUGGCCGUGUUCAUGGAGGGGGUGAGGGCGAACAUUGAGGAGGCCGUUCUCAGGAAUCGCGGGGGGAGUCAGGGACAAACGCACACAGACGAUGAUGAGUUUAGCACCGAGUUGAUAGGCGAAGUUAAUUCAGUGUUAGACAAGUUGAAGACAAAUCUUUCCAAGUCGAAGAGCCAGACGUUUUCUGGCUCUGAGGGUCAGGGGGGACAGGGAACGGAACUGCUCUCGCUCAUCGACCGCCUCCAGACUUCACUUGGAGGUGUCAUGCAGGACCACGAGGUUGAUGAGCAGGGCAGGAUGGCAGACAAAGACGGUAAUGUAGUAGCUCACAAUCAUGAUAGCCAGAUAUGGUAGUGCAGCACAGCCCGGAGAGGAAUGCAAGUGGUGUCAUGAUGUCUAGUUCCUCAGGCAUCUUACAUUCGUCCUCUUAUGCCUCAUCAGGGGCAGGCAGUCCUGCUGUUGUCACAGGAGGACUUAAAUUCACCGUCAACCUUAAUGAAGCCAAAGGUAUUGUAAUGAAAGUGGAUGAAAUGAACCAAGAACAUAGUCAUAGAUCUCGCUCCUCAGACAGUUCGUGCUCAAAAUCACCAAGCAAGACUUACAGGACACACUCAGCUCACUCGACACCUUCAAGCGAUCGCACUUCUCUUGAUAGGCAGGAAAGUCGCAGUGAAGCACGGGUUGUCCUCAGCUCAGCCAUUGGUAAGUGCAAGUCUAGAGAGGAAUUGGUGAGGCAACCGAGCACCGAGCACGAAAACGAGGAGGAAGAGGAGCCAAUCCUGGACGAAGAAGGCAAUCAAAUUCGAGACGGGACACCUGACAGCAGACUCAGUGAUCAGGAAGGAUACCGCAAGAAGGACAGGAAGGAUAUUCCGUGGAAGAUCAGGGCAGCAAAGAAACGUUUUGAGAAGCCAAAUUCAAAAGAGGAAAUCACUAAAGGAGAUUCUGUUGCUGCGCAUUUUGCAGGCACUCACAUUGUUCAGGAACGACAAAAAACUUACCGUGAUUUGUGGCAGCCAAGACCUACACCUUACAAAUUUCAACCCCUUCAAAGUCGUUCACAGAGUAAUGUUAGUGUGAUGAAAGAGAACUGGCGCCAGAUCAUUCAUUCAGGCUCCCUGGAAGAUGUGGGUUUCAUACACAAACCUGUUGUUGCUAAAUCAGGGGGAAUGACAAAGAAGGAAUACAGUAAACUUGUGACAUCAUUUUCAGCAGAGAGUAUCAGUCCUCACAGCCCAGCAACCAACAUGCCAGUGGAGAAACCUGCAAAGCAAGCCAGUCCAGCACGACAGCGAUAAGAUGAUUCAGAAGAUUCAGAUGAUGAAGGCGAAGUCUUCUCGAUCAAGCCUUUUGACAGAGUUGGAACAAAGGCUCAGCUGCCAGGAAUAUUUCACAAACAUCAUGAACCUUCCAUUGUUAAGCCUAGUAGGGUCUUCCAGAAGCUUGAAAAACGUGAUGUAAUGAAGAAGUCAGACUUCUUUGUGGAAAAGGCUCAGGCUCAAUCAGUUGAUAAUGAACAAGACAUUAAGAAACGACAGAGGAGUCCUAAUCUUCAGCUGCAGCAACCAGCUGCACCAGUGAUUCCUCCUCGUCAACAGUUGGCUCAAGGUCCUGCAGUGCCACCCAAGCGACCAACAACCUUGGCCAUUCAACCAACUGUUCCAGACUGUCGACCUCCUGUUGCAGCAGAAGAGCAGGAGACAGAAUUUACAGAGGAACCUCCGCCAUUGCCACAGAGGGGUGAGUGUCCUCAGCCACCACCAGUCCCACAGCGAGUGGAUUCUGGCUCGGCAGAAUCAAUAUACAAACCUUGUCCUCCUGCACCUGUGUACCAGUUCAUUGCAGAAAAGCAACAAGGCUACCUGUUAUCAAAGUCAAAGUCUACUCCCUCUAUGCCACCAGGAACCACAGAAUUCUACAGACCUCUUGGUAACUUGGCAAGUAAACGCAAGAAGAGUUUUGAGGAAAAACAGAGACUUGAAGGUUUUUAUAAGAUAAAUGCAGAUAGGGUCGUCAAAGCCAACUAUGUUAGUCGAAUUCAAAACCAGCUGCAAAAGCAGAUAUCUGGAGAAGAGCAAGGAAAUGUCAGCAAAUGGACUGCAUAUAAAGUUUCUCGCACAAAGAGUGCUGGAUCUGUAGCAGGGAUGAUUAACAAACUAGAUAGUAUUGAAAAUGAAAGUGGAGAUUCUUGGACAUACCACCAGCACCAUAACAAAAUGAACCCUGGAACUGCAGGAAAUCCCGGUGAUGAGGAAAAAUCUCUGGCUGAUGAUCCAAGCUCAAAGUUGUUUACUCCCGAGAUGCUAGUCAAGAUUGCUGUCCACAAGGCUGCUAUCAAUAAGCAGCUCAGUUUUGGUGAAGAGCAAAGGAAGACUCAGGCAGUGCGUGCUGGCUCGGCUGAUUCAGACUUAGCAAGCAACCGCGAGAAAGCUAACUAUCGACGUAUGAAUACAGUCGCAGGUACAGAAGUAUCGAGUUCUGAAUCAUAUAAUGUGUGGCAAGGCGUUCACCAGCAUGUUCAGCAGCAACAGAAACUAAGGAAAAGACAAGAGGAAGAAGAGGAGAGGCUACUGGAAUUGCAUCGACAAGAGUCACUAAAGAAAAAGGAAGAAUUAGAACAACAGCAAGAACUGCAAAGGCAGGAAGCAGCAAAGAAAAGGCAAGAGUUACAAAGAAAACAAGAAUUACAGAAACAAAAAGAACUGGAGCAACAGAGGCAGCAGGAAUUACAGAGGCAACAAGAAGCAGAAAGGAAAUUAGAACUGCAACGACAACAAGAGGCACAAAGACAGCUGGAAUUGCAAAGGCAGCAGGAAGCUCAGAGGCAAUUGGAAUUGCAAAGGCAACAAGAGGCACAAAGACAGCUUGAAUUACAAAGACAACAAGAAGCUGAAAUGCAGCUAGAACUGCAACGACAACAAGAAGCAGAGAGGCAGCAGGAGUUGCAAAGACAGCAGGAAGCUCAAAGGCAAUUGGAACUGCAAAGACAGCAGGAAGAGCAGAGACAGCAAGAGCUGCAAAGGCAGCAAGAAGAAGAGAGGCAACGAGAAUUACGGAAACAAGAAGAACUGAAAAGACAGGAAGAACUACAGCGACAACAGGAGGAACUCCAGAAGCAGCAACUAGAGUUGCAGAGACAACAAGAGUUGCAAAGACAGCAAGAACUGCAGAGACAAAAGGAAGUGCAGAUGCAAGAACAGAUGCAAAAGCAGAGGGAAAUACAGAGACAGCAAGAACUUCAAAGACAGCAGGAAGCACAAAGACAGCUAGAAUUUCAGAGGCAGGAAGAACUCAGGAAGCAACAGGAAAUACAGCAGCAGCAAGAAAUGCAGCGCCAACAGGAAAUUCAAAGGCAGCAAGAAUUGCAAAAGCAACAAGAAUUACUAAGGCAACAAGAAGAAGAAAGGCAAAGGGAACUGGAACAGAAACAGGAAAUGUUGCAGGAACAGCAGCUACUGAAGGAACAGCAAGAACGCCAGAUCAAGAUGCAGCAAGAGCAAAUACUGCUUCAGCAACAACAGAUAUUAGAACAGCAGAGGUUAAUAAAGGAGCAGCAAGAAAAGCUUCAGAAUCAGCAGAAGCUUCAACAACUCCAGCAAACACAGCAACAGCAAGCUUCAACAACAUACCAAAGUCAGAGUACAGUGCAGACGACUGUCUUCCAAAAGCAGAAUCAGAGCUCAGUACAGGCAGCAUCUAUAGCACAAAAACAGACGUCUCCACCACAGCAAGCCGUUUUCCAACCAGGAAAGCCAUUAAGUGCCGUGCAACAAGCUGUGCUUGAUGAAGAAUCACACAAGGUAGCUGGAUCUACCUCAACAACAAGCACAAUUUACCAGAGGCAGAAGUCUCAGGAGGGUGUUCGCCCAGGUGCACGGCCACUCACCAAAGUGCCCGUCACACGGCAGGGCAGCAUCGAGGGCGCCGCAGGGCUGGUCACCGCGGCACUCACCCGUCAUCAGUCUCGUGAAGAGCUUGUUCGCCGAAGGAGUCUCUCUGCUUCAGGCAGGACCGGUAGUCAGAAUUCCGUUGGCCGUGUAGAUAGUGAAGAAGGUUACUGUGAUGAUUAUGCAGAGGCGAAUGAUGAUGAGGUGUUUGUGGAGUGUUCCCAGGCUAAAGUACACCAUGGGGCUACUGUAGGUGGUGUGAAUGGCACACCUUUCAUUGCUCAGGUUAUUGGUCCUGUUACUUCUCCACCAAUUCAAGUACAGUCUCCAAAAGUUCAGUUGCCACCUCAGCCAGUCCAGAUGCCACCACAGCCAAUCCAGAUGCCACCACAGCCAGCCUCCAGAUGCCACCACAGCCAGUCCAGAUGCCACCUCAGCCAGUCCAAGUACAACCUCAGCAAAUACAUAUGCAACUUCAGCCUGUCCAGAAGCAGUCACCAGUCCAAGCUCUGCCAAAAUCACCUCAGGAGAAGCCAGGACUCCGCCGUGUACAGAGUCAGAAGGGUUCCUCAGGCCAUGGUGCAAAAGGUAACAUCACCAGACAUGGAUCGCUCUAAGAGCUCUUCUGUUUCCUCCCUGCCGGAAAGAGCACAAUUACCCACCCAGAAGAGAGUCAGAGCUUUCAAUAAGAACUUCUCCUUCGAUCAGGUAUCGUUUGGGAGCCAGAGUUCUUCUGUAUCUUCACUGCCAGACUCACCAAAAUCAGUUGAAAGUCCUGAAGUAACAAGAAAGGGUAUGUUUGGCAGCCGAACCUCUGCAUUUAAAGAAACUGAUAGAACGAAGAGUUGCUCUGUUACAUGUUUGACUGAAAGCUCUAGUAGUAUGCAAAAGUCUUCUGUAAAGGUUGUUGGUGCUGCUUUCACUCCUGCAACACGUGAUACUUUUCGUGCAAAGAGUUCUUCAGUCUCUACUUUGCAGGAGGAUACAUCAGCAAAACCUAUAGUUCAGAACAUCAAUUCUCAGAAUGUUGGACUUGGUAGGCUGUCGCAAUCACUAAAGAAUGUUGCUGGAUCAGAAACAAAGGAACAGAGCACAUUCCUUCAGCAGACUAAUCUAGGUGGAGCUAAUGUUGCUCCUUCAAGGCUGAAAGCAACAGAUUAUGUUGUUCCACCACUUCCAACAACUGCCAUGCGUCAGCAGCAGCUUCGGGAACAACAGGCUCGAGAACAGCAACAACAGCAGCAUAAAAAGGUGUCUCGUUGGAACAGUAAUCCUGACAAUACCAUGAAACCCAAAGGAAGCGAAUUUAAUGCCCCCCCUCUACCAACCACGAACUUUGCUCCUCAGCAGGGAGUGUCAAGAUGGGGCAGUGUCCCAGACUCUGUGUCGAAACCUAAACCUUCUGACAAUAUAGCUCCAUCUCAUCCUACAUCCAGUGACCAAGGUCGUCACCAACGCACUCAAUCGUUAUCAUCCUCUCAGCCGUCAGCCAUUCCCCCCUCUGUCUCUGGACCCCCAUUCACAACAAAUACCAACAACGUUGCAUCUGCAGCUCAUAAAUUUGACCAGACUGCUGCGUCAUCAAAAACCACAGGUGCGUCCUCAAACUUAGAACCAAUUAGAGAAUCAAUUCAGCUCAGUUCUCAAGGUAAGGUUACAAGCAUGUGGGAAACAGCAGUCUCUUCGUCAACAUCAUCUUCAUCUUCCAGUAAACCCUGGAAAGAAGGUGUAGCUGCAGACGUAUCAGGUCGAUUUGUCCAAAAGAGUAAGGAAAAACUAUUAGAAGGGAAAAGUCAACCUAAAGAGAAUGAAACUAUUAUUGAAAACAAAGUGCAAAAGCAAAUUAAAUCACAAGUAAUGGUAGGGCAGAAAACAAAUAUCAGUAGUAGCACAGUUACACAGGCAGAAGCUGAUGGUAAGGGAUGGGCAGGUCGAGUUGGUAAAUUGAAAGUUGAUAAAUGGGAAAAUGCUGCCUCAAAAGAGGAAGUCGUUAAAGAAAAGUCUGACGUUAAAAGAAUUGGGAAAAACAAAAUAGAUAAAUGGGAAACUGUCAGUAAGGAAGAUCGCGUUUACGAAAAUACUACUGUGAUAAAUACCGAGGUAGUUAAAAUGAGAAAUAAGGAAAAGAGGGAGAAAUGGGAAAAUUUAGCUUCAGGAGAAUCAAUAGCAGUUACCAAGGAGCGAGAAGAGAGGGUUAAGCGAUUAAGCAAAGAGCAAAUUCUACAGUGGGAUGGGGGGGUCCCCAAAGCUGAAGAGGGUUUAUCAGUUGAGGGUAACCGUGUAAAACGACUCAGCAAAGUGCAAUGUGAGAAAUGGGAAGCUGGAAUGAGUAUGAGCGAUAAAACCGAUGAGGAGAAAGCAGUACCGUGGAAAGACCCUUCAACAAUCACUUCACAGGUCAGAAAGGAAAUUACAAAGUUUGAGGAUGGAGGGAGCACAGGAUCUCCAUGUGACUCCAGGGAAGCAUCUCCCCCACCCAGAGGUGUUGUGCGAAGAUCAAGUUCAGGUUUGAUCAAGAAGACUUUAGCUGCUUUUGAACAGGGCUUGCCUGACAGGAAUGAAGCAGAACUGACUCCUUCACCCGGUCUUAGGCAUUCAAGUUCUGGUUUAGUCAAGAAGAAUAUCGCCGCUUUUGCUGAUAUGACAGAACCUGAGGUUUCAGAGUCGUCCAGUGCGGUACCGCUACGGCACUCCAACUCUGGAAUCAUUAAGAUGGGUCUGGCCAAGUUUGAGGGUCAGGGCACCCCGGACUCUCCUGCCGACCCUGAGGCAACAUUCUUGGAGAAACGACGAAGCUUCCACGAUGCGCACACUGAACGAUUCUCUGCUCUCGUGGAGAAAACUGAACAAGGAGGAACUGUCCAGUCCGUCAGCCUCAAGAUCCCUGUGGAUCUUUUGCAAGCAAAGCAAAAGAGACCUCAGAGUCUCGCCUUCUAUCCUGCUAAUACUAAACCAGAACCCGCAACAGCAGCUAAUAUACCAUGGGGUAAAGAGCCUAAAAAACGGCAGACUCCAUCAUCUAUUACUCCAAAUGCUGUUUAUGCACAAGGACAGUAUGAAGCCUCCAUGUCACCCGAAAGUGCGGAAAAGAAGCGUAGGGAAAUAGCUGCAUUUUUCCAGCAGUCUAGUCAACAGAUAACUCAUAAGUUAGAACAAAAGUCUUCUGUAGUAGUUAGUUCAACAGUAAGUAAAACAAGCACCGACCAUGAUGAAUUAGCAGAUUCAUGGGAGGAGCUUCUUCAGGGGACAGAGUUAGACACUUCGAUAGAUCAAGCAUUCUCGGAUGCACUCCUUAAAGAUUUAGAUAUUGUAGAGGACGAGGGUUCACCCGGGUCAGAGUCCCAUCGCCGAGCUCAGAGUGAGGGUGUAGUGGAAACUUCUGACGAUGAAAUGUCUGAAGUGGCACGCGAAGCUAAGACUAUGCGUUCGCAAACGUUUCAAGAGUUCUCAAGUCUAGUGGUGGAAGGUCAGAGUGUACAAAGCCAAAGUGAGAGUGAAGACCUCCGUCGACAGGUCCUCACUCAGACACAUUGCCUCAGUCAACAAGCAGUUGGUAGUGUCGAGAUCAGUUCGACCUCUGAGGGGCAAGAAGUGCACUUAAGUGACACUUCGGAGCAGGGUGGGGAGGGUGAGCCUCGGGGUGAAGGUGGAGACGAUAGCAGUAGUGAAGCUUCUCUAGGAGACUCCAAGACUUCUUCCACUGUGUCACCCUUCGGCGUGUCCCGCACCUCCAAUACAGAAUCUCGAAGCUCCAGCCAAGUCAAUGUCCAAAAGAGUUCCUAUUCCUCAUCCAGCUCCUCCUAUAAGACUUCCUCCUCCAUGAGCAAAGUUGACAGCAAAAAGGUUGUGUCCCCAUUUGACAAGUUCAAGCAAAUGGACUCGCAAACCCCCCGCACACCAAACUCUAAGUCGAAGUCUGCGGGUGGUGGCCCACUUUUCCAAUUAUCCAGUCAACUUGGUCGCAGCGCCUCAGGGGUGAAGGAUAUGCUGCUGACGUGGUGCCAGUGCCGCACCCGCGACUAUAAGGGAGUAAAGAUUGAGAACUUCAGCACAAGUUGGAACGAUGGUAUGGCCUUCUGCGCUCUCAUCCACCACUUUUACCCAGAUGCCUUUGACUUCGAUAAACUCGACCCCAAGAAUCGUCGUUACAAUUUCGAACUUGCUUUCAGAGUGGCAGAUGAGAAAGCUGGUGUGAUGGCACUCCUUGAUGUAGAGGACAUGGUCAUGAUGAAGAAACCAGACUGGAAGUGUGUCUUCACCUAUGUACAGAGUCUUUACAAGAGACUUAAGGACGAGUGAGAAGAGACAGCCAGAGCUUGUGUAGUACUCUUUCUAACUUUCAUUUUCUCAAAGGUGUAAUUUGAGAAAAUGUACCCUGUGAACUUUAUUUUUAAAGUCUAAGACUUCUGGUUGAUUUCCACUCGUGUCUUGUCCAGUGCGACAAGUGGACACAACAGAUGACUGUGUCACCUUCAUCUUGGGAGUGUCUGCAGCCCGUGUCGUGUGUCUGUCGUCUAAUCAUCAUUUGUUCUUCAUUGUCUCCUAGAUCUGAUACAGAAAAUGCCAUGUAGUUUGUUUUUGUUUUUAGUAAGAUCUAGUAUUUAUUUAUUUAUUGUCCAUAUUCUUCUGGGACCAAAUUCAUGAACAAUCAUCCAGUGGAGUGUGUUCAACGUGAUCGAAAGAAGAAGUUGAAAAAUAUUCAGAUUGUGUUAGUAAAAGAUUCCUCAAAAGUGUAACAAAAUUUGGAAAUCUCAAAGAGCACUUAAGGCCAUAUCAGAGUUCCCUGUGUGCUGACAGAAUGUUGAAAAGUGCUGAGGGGAAAUUCAUCAGUUUUGAUAUCUGAAAAAUAAAUUAAAUACUUUUGUAAAUUCCUAUCCAGAAAUUGCUGAAUAUCCCUUUUGGAGCAUGGGAUGUUUAUAUUACUAUGUGUAAACUCGUUCCAAGACUUUUUUCUUCAUUAUUGUCAUUGAAUUUGUGGCAAGAGGUCUCACGUUCACAUACUCUACGAGUAGUGAAUGUUGUGCUGUGACGUAUGUCUAACAUGUGCUAAACUUUGUUCUCAUAAAGAGCUCAAUAUAUUUGUCUGCAAAGGUAUAUAAUUUAGUUUAGCCUCAUUGAAUAUGAAUAACCAUUAUUAGGGUUAGGGUGAUGCUUUUUAUAUCAAGCUAUUCUGUUCUACAAAUUUUCAGUUUUAUUUCAAAGGUCAUAUGUUGCUACUAUGAUUUAGAUACAUAGAUUUUCUAGUAUAUACUCACUGUGCUACAUAUUUUCACAGUCUAUUAGAUAAUUUUUGCAUUAUUAACAUCAUUACAUAAGUUAUUACAAAAUUUGUUGGUAAUAUUAUAUUUGUUUAUUUAAUACCUGCAAAAAGAAAAACAACUAUAAAAUAUUUAAUGUUUAUUUAAAGAGUCAAAAGUUUAUCAAGUUAAACGUUUUUUUCUGCAAUUUCUUUUCAUAUGUUAAAAUAAUAGUUGAUAAUAUAUAUAGUUUUUUUUUCUACCUUUCGCAGCUAAAUCUAGUAAUUUUGUGCUGUGAUACUAUUGUGACAUAAUCUGGUGCCAAGCAGUGACUUAUAGAUAAGAUUAUUGGUAUAGUAUAUAUUAAGUGACUUAAAUGUUUAAAAGAUAAGACAUUAAAGGGGACAAAGUAAUAGAGAAAUACUGCUUUGCGAAUGGAAUUUACCCCCAAGGUUCCUCUGUUAGGGUAGUGCUUGAGUACAGAAUUCUUUAGCCUUUACAGCACUACUUCCUUUAGUUUUAUGUGGGAUACUCUGUGUAUGUAACAUGUUUUAUAAAGUAUUUCUAACCCGUUUCAUAUUUUAAUGAAAGAUAUAGGAUUAUGGCUUCACAAUAUACCACAAUAAUCUCUUAUAUAGCUAAGAAGGAUCUUCAGUAUGUAUGUUAACGUCAUAUUCGUGUGCUUAAUUACAAACAUUACUAUGCGCUAUUUCCAAGCUUAUGGAGCCUUAUUGCUGAAAAGUUCUAGUAGAAUAAAUGUGAAUAUGA